CUUCGCUGGCUAGUCAACUCUCAUCCGCCGAGAAUUUCAUUGUGUUACAGCGGCCAGAGUAGUGUGGAUGUUUGUAUCUGCCGUCAGAUCGGACAGUCUUUGUAGUGUCUUUGUGCUAAGUGACGGUACAGUUUUUAGGUUUGGACGUCGAUUACUCUUUUUUGUACGUGAAUGUAGCAUCACUUUAUCGAAUAAACGCAACUUGGAUUCGGAUGGCGUCUCCAAGGAUGGCACUACGGAUCACACAUUCCAAGUGGUUGUGCUGGAAACGAAAGAAAGGCAUGACGUUUGAUUGAAGAUGGCUUCACCAACUCCAUCAUUGGAUUCAUUGCCUGGAGCAAAUUCGAUUGGAUCAUUGGUUGACCAAACUGAACUGCGUUCGCUGUCGCCCCUUGUCGAUUCGCCGCUGUCUUCGCCCGUGGUUUCUUGCAGCAGCAGUUCUAAUAGUUCGACUACUGUGACUCCCGUCGGCGUGGGUGUUAUCAAUUCCAAGUGCGGACUGUGCAAUGAGACAUUCACCAACCCCAAAGUUCUGCCCUGUUUCCACACUUUCUGUCACCCGUGUCUUGAGAAGGACCAAGAGAACUCCGACAAGUUAACUUGCUCCUUGUGCCAGCAAGAGUGUAUUUUUACUUCGCAAGGAAUAUCUGCCCUGAUCACAGAUUUCAGUGUUAAAAACAACAUUGACGCUUUAGUGCCCAGCGAAGGUUUUAAGCCGUCGUCGUCGUCGUCAAAUCUUCCUCACUGCACGGGGUGUAAAAGCAGAGAAUCUGACGCGGUUGCGCGCUGUUUGGACUGCGAUAAUUUUCUGUGUCCCAACUGUAUGAUGGCGCAUCAAUUCAUGCACUGUUUCGAGGGUCAUCGGGUUCUGAGCCUGGGAGAAUUGCAACAGAAUGGCGGAAUUAAGGACGAUCUGAAGAAUGGACUUAUUUCUUCUAGUGGAGGAAACGGUGUAGACAAACCAGUGUACUGCAUGCGGCACAAGGCGGAGCCCCUGAAAUAUUUUUGUCGCACCUGCAAUGGACCGAUAUGCAAGGAGUGCACACUGUUGGAGCACCCAAGCGGACUUCAUGAUUAUGAACACUUGAGUGAGAUUGGCCCCAAGCAGCUGGAAUUGAUGACUCAGACCAUGCAGGAAGGAAAGGGUAAAGCCACCGACAUCCGUAACACUUUGAAGAACUUGGAACACACGUCGAGUCGCCUCCAGGUUCAGUACCACAAGGCACAGAACGAGAUAAACGACACGUUCCAGUUCUAUCGCUCAAUGAUUGAAGAGCGCAAACAGGAGCUUUUGAAAGAACUCGAAAGUGUGUUUUCAGCAAAACAGAUUUCGCUGAAUGUUCUCGGCCAGAAAGCUCAGGAGACAAUAGAAAAGAUAUACAGCACGUGCGAUUUUGUAGAAAGAAUCACGAAGCACGCUACGAUGGCAGAGGCCCUUAUGUUUAAAAGAGUUUUCGAUUCAAAAUUCCAGGCCUUUAUGAACUAUAAUCCGGACUUGAGCUUGCAGUCUGGAUGCGACCUGGAAUUUGUAUCCAAUUAUCAGGCAAUACAGGUUGGAGUGCGUAACACGUUUGGGUACGUUCGUUCUAGCUCUGAGUUGUCGGCGGGGCCUAGCAAACAGCCGCCCAUUGCCCGGCCAGUGAACGGUUCCGCUCAUUUGAACGGUGGCACUACUCUGAACGGUAAUUCAGGGAGCCUGAACGGGGCGGGCGUUCACGGCGCUGUCAACGGUGGAAGUGGCCUCAGUGGUGGCAGUCUGAACGGCGUGUUGGAUCGACCGUACUCCAAUGGCCUCGUGUCUUCGUCCAGCUCGUCUGCAUCUCCGUUCGAGUCGAACAUAAUCUCCAAGAGGUUCAGCACUGCCAACAGCUUGGGGCCUUUUUCUACGAGCAUCAGUGAUCUGAAUUUGAACGGUAUGAAUCCGUACGAGAAGUGGUCUAAUGGCGGAAGCGACAGUAUCUUCCAGAAUGGUGGUGGAGACCACUACUCACUGCCCUCUGGAGGACCGGGCGACUCAAUGCUUGACCUCACUUCCAAACUCAUGUCGACUGCCAUUUUCCCUCCUAAAUCACAAAUAAAACGCCAGAAGAUGAUCUAUCAUUGCAAAUUUGGCGAAUUCGGCGUGAUGGAGGGUCAGUUCACGGAACCUAGUGGAGUCGCCGUGAACGCCCAGAACGACAUAAUUGUCGCAGACACCAACAACCACCGCAUACAGAUAUUCGACAAAGAAGGUCGAUUCAAGUUUCAGUUUGGGGAGUGUGGAAAGCGAGAUGGUCAGCUGCUGUACCCCAACCGCGUGGCUGUUGUUCGAACUUCGGGCGACAUCAUCGUGACAGAGCGAUCUCCGACACACCAGAUUCAGAUCUACAACCAGUACGGUCAGUUCGUUCGCAAGUUUGGGGCCAAUAUUUUGCAACAUCCUCGCGGGGUUACCGUCGACAACAAGGGACGAGUAGUUGUCGUCGAAUGCAAGGUAAUGCGCGUCAUAAUAUUCGACCAGUCCGGCAACGUUCUCCAGAAAUUCGGUUGUUCCAAGCACCUCGAGUUUCCGAACGGAGUCGUGGUGAACGACAAGCAGGAGAUAUUCAUAAGCGACAACAGAGCGCACUGUGUGAAGGUGUUCAACUACGAUGGAAUAUAUCUUCGUCAGAUCGGCGGCGAGGGCAUCACAAACUACCCUAUCGGCGUCGGUAUCAACACCGCGGGUGAGAUCCUGAUCGCCGACAAUCACAACAACUUCAACCUAACUAUCUUCACGCAGGACGGACAGCUGGUGUCUGCCUUGGAGUCGAAGGUUAAGCAUGCGCAGUGUUUCGACGUAGCGCUCAUGGAUGACGGAUCGGUCGUCCUCGCAAGUAAAGACUAUCGUCUCUACAUCUACCGAUAUGUCCAGGUACCCCCAAUCGGUCUCUAAGAGCGAAGAGUCGAGAGGUAACCAUCAUUAAUAUUUUUGCUCACUUCGUCGGUGUUUGAAGAAUUCCAUUGUAUUUGCUAAUUCAUGUGCCAGAAAUGAUCAUUGAUUGAUGGGGGAUCAGAGGAUAAGCACUUUCUUGUUAUCUGCAGUCAAUGACACUGCCUUCUGCAUGAGAACAAAACUCGUUUUCCAUUACUGCACUGCCCCUCGGAAAACGUCAUCACUCUCGUGACUCGAGGUUUUGAUGAGUGGGAUAGCGCAUGUUAUUAUUAUUAUUAUUAUUAUUAUUAUUACUAUUAUUAUUAUUGUUGUAAUUAAUGAAGACAUAUCCCCUCUCCUCCUAACUUUAAAAAAACUUGGAGCUGAAAUGUGUCGUGUCUGCCUGUGGUGUUAAAGACACGCGGCAGAUUGUAGGAUCUCUCUUAUAAAGUAGACUGAUUAUGCGUUGUUUACUUAAAAAAAAAAUACAGUAAUUAAUGCAAGAGACUAAAAAAAUGAAGCAUCCAUUCCCAAGUAAUCGUUUUUUGCAUUUUUGGAGGAGUGGUGUGCUAAGUUAGACGCUGUUGUUCUGUAUAAUCUUCUGAUAGCUAAUUACAUCUUCCCCGCCCCCCCCUGAUGAUAAUUAUAAAUGCGAUAGAAAUAGUUUUGUAUUGUAUUUCAUCAUGUUGAAUCUCGUGAGAUAACUCAGUUGCAUGAAAAAGAAAAAUAAGAUGUUCUAAAUACUGUGAAUUCCGUUCUCGGUAGCGGUGGAACGAUUUGUGAAUUGGCCGCGCUGGUUUUAGUAGUAUUAAUCGCGAAGGAAUAAAGUACAGUGCUUAGAUUGUUUUGACCAAUAUUUGAUCAAACCACUAAAAGAUAAGAAAAAAAAACCAAACAGGGAAUUUACAACAUUAAGAAAAAAACAUAACGGUGCCUGGGCUAUGUUGUGUAGUUCUCAAAUUUACGCACCUGUUUCAUAAUAAGCUCUAUUUUACUAUACGUGUUUUUUGUGCUGUUUUGUGACAUUGUACUUGUAGUUAGGUUAAUAUGGUAGGAAAACAAAAAUAACUCUUUUAUAUACGAGGAACCCCCAAAGAUUUCAUACACCUCCAGUCUAAGGAAAGGAGGUAAAUCGCCUCCUGCUUAA